GGAGACCUGAGCAACCUCUGUGACAGCUCGUCGGCCGCCAUGUCAGCGAGCGGGGCUGGAAACAGAUUCGGCGCCCGGCGGUAGCCCUCCUUGCGUCUCCUGUUCCCAGACAUUCAAGGACUUUAAUGAAACUUAAAUGGUUCAACAAAAGAUGCUCUAAUGGAUGACAGCGAAACUCCUGCAUAUAAUCUGCAGAUAGAACCACAAGAUGGAUGUCAUCCUGGUGACGGCGUGGAAAGUAUAGUAACAUGCUUGCCUUCUGCAUCAGAUGAAAAUGAAAAUCAACUUGAUGGGGAUGGGCUUGAGCUUCUGACCAGCAGUGACAGUGCAAUGGGCAAACCUGAAGUGUUGGAGCAGGACAGUCUGAACAAUAAUGAAAGCUGCACACCAAGCUGUGAGGUGGCUGCAAGUGAGAACUCGGAAAACAUUUCUUGUGAAAGCCCCAAAGACGGGCAGGCCUUCUUGAGAAAGGACCACAAGAUACCUGGAAGCAGAAGUUCAAGAGGCAAAAGAGGCACUGUAAAGAAGAUACCACAAGGACUUUCUUCAGAAGAUACCACACCUUUAAUGCAAGAAAAUAUACUACAUGUAGCCACACAUGCCGUUAGUGAUGAAGAAUCUGCAGAAGUAAAUGCUAACGAUCAACUGGAAGCCUCAAAGUUGGUUCUGCAAUCUCUGUUCUCACUUAUACGAGGUGAAGUUGAGCAGUUGGAUUCAAGAGCACUUCCCCUUUGCCUUCACCAGAUAGCAGAGUCUUAUUUUCAGGAGGAGGACUAUGAGAAAGCAAUGAAAUUCAUUCAGCUCGAACGACUGUAUCAUGAGCAAUUGCUCGCAAAUCUUUCUGCCAUUCAAGAACAGUGGGAAACAAAAUGGAAAACUGUACAGCCACAUACAGUUACACCUUUGAGGAAUUCAGAAAAAGGAUUUAAUGGUGAAGAUUUUGAACGGCUUGCUAAAUUUUGUGCAACACAUCACGAUCCUCUUUUAUCCAAAGAUAAGAUAGCAGCUGUCCAGAAGUCCCUGGGAAGGAAAUGCUUUACGCAGUUAAUAGUAUCUGAAGAUCCAAAGGAAAGAGGAGCUACAGCCAAAGAGCUGGAGAGUGAAAUUUGUCUUGGCAUGGAAUCAAGAAAAGAAAGCCAACGUAAAGAAGAGACCCCGGAGAGCAGUCCCUGCUGUAAUGAGAUGGUCAGGCAGGCAGAUCCCCGGAGCCUGCCGGUAACUGCAGGGAAGGGCCACACGGAGGAGCCGCUCUGCAGCACUGAAGCCACGCAGGAGCUCCACGCCCAGCCCUCGGAGUCGGCAGGGAGCAGGUCCAGCCCCCACUCCUCAGGGAACGCUCCUGAGGAUGACAGCCGCUUGCAGCUGGCUCAGACAGAGGCCUGCCAAGACCUGGCCGAAACAGAGUGCAUUGCUAAGGACCCUAAGGUUUCCAGCCAGUCAGUGACAGAGCCAUUGAUUUCACCAGGCUCUGACCAUAUACCUCCUGCAUUGAUUUCUGAGGGUAAAUACUCACAAAGAAAGGAACUCCGGUUGCCACUCUGGGAUGCUUCUGAGGCGUUGCCCACAGACCAACUUGAGAACAAUGAAUUAAAUGAGCUGCAGCAACCUGAUCUCACAGAGCGUGAUGGAAAAUCACCACAGGGGCAGGCUGACUCAGAGGGCUCUGAGAGUGUACUUUGUGAAAAUAAUCCAGUGUCUGAUUUAAGUACAGUGCUUCCAGAGGUGUAUAUGGCCCCAGAGGAACAGGGAGAUAAGGAAGAACACGUCAGUAAGGAGACAGACGACUAUCUGAACAGCCUUUUAGAAGGAUGCUUAAAAGAUACUGAAGAUUCCCUCUCAUACGAAGAUAACCAAGAGGAAGACUCUGAUUUCCUUCAAGAUCUUUCUCCUGAAGAAGCAUCCUAUAGCCUACAGGAGAACCUGCCUUCUGAUGAAAGCUGUCUCUCUCUCGAUGAUCUUGCAAAAAGGAUAGAGAUCGCAGAGGUUGUUCCUGCUGAAGGACUGGUCUCUAUAUUGAAGAAGAGGAAUGAUACUGUAGGAGAUCAUCCCGCCCAGAUGCAGCAGAAAACAUCCAAGCGAAGAGUGAGAUUCCAAGAAAUAGACGACAGCUUAGAUCAAGAUGAAGUUGGAGGUGGUUCCUGUAUUUUACUGGUCUUGCUGUGCAUAGUGACGGUUUUGCUUAGUGUGGGAGGAACUGCGUUAUACUGCACUUUUGGUGACAUGGAGUCACCCGUUUGUACAGACUUUGCAGACAACAUGGACUUCUAUUACACUAAGUUACUACAGGGAAUAGCGGAACUUAAACACUGGAUCUACCUCUCCUAGCAAGCGUUCACGAGGGACAGGCAUGCUGGCAGUGAGCAUCACAGAGGGAGACUUUCUAAGCAGCUUUUAUUUCAGGAGUUCUGUAACAUGCGCCGCCCCCCGCCCCCCCGCCGC